UAUUAUUAUGAAGAAAAUCUCCAUCUUUCUAAAAUCUCAUUCCCUCAGAAUCCCCAAAGCUUUGAUUUCACCAUUAAUGGCGGCUGCUUCCAGACCCUCGUAGAAUAAGCUGACAGGGAAGUGUAUGAGGAGAUUUUUUUUUAGUGGAAAAUGUUCAGUAAGUUAACUAAGCGUGGCUUUUGUACGGCACUAUCACCACGGCCUUGGCUGUUUGUGGGCUUGGGGAACCCUGGGGAGAAGUUCAGAGGAACCAGGCACAAUGUGGGGUUUGAGAUGAUUGAUGUGUUUGCUGAGUCUGUUGGAAUUCCAAUUAACAGGGUUCACUGCAAAGCCUUGUUUGGCGAAGGUUUUGUUGGGGACAUCCCUGUUUUUCUGGCAAAGCCUCAAACUUACAUGAACCUUAGUGGUGAAUCUGCAGGACCACUUGCAGCUUAUUAUAAGCUACCUCUUAACCGUGUCCUUGUGUUCCAUGAUGACAUGAACUUGCCAUGCGGGGUGCUUCGCCUUCGACCCGAUGGAGGGCACGACUACCACAAUGGGCUGAAGAGUGUCAUUUAUCAUUUUCGAGGGAACAGAGAAUUUGCUAGGUUAAGAAUUGGCAUUGGAAGGCCACCUGGUCAAAUGGAUCCCAAAGCAUUCUUGCUUCAAAAGUUCAACAACACUGCUCGAGAACGAAUCGACACUGCAUUGCUCGAGGGGGUUGGUGCAUUGAAGGACCUACUGUCUCUUGGUUUAUCGGAGAGUGCGAGACGCUUCAACCAUGAACAGAAAUACAAGCAUAUAAGGUUGCAGACGAUGCCAACAUGAAAAACGAUGAAUAUCGUCAAUUAAAAUUUGAUCAAAUCCUCCAAGGGAAGAGGGGAAACAGAGGCAGAGUGGAGGUCCUCUCAAGGUACAAAUAAUUUUGUCUACUGACAUGGGAUAGUUUAGAGGGCAUUUUGUUGUGAUGUGUAAUUAUAUUUUUAGGGUCUUAACUUAUAAUAUAAUUUUUUAAGCUUGGGAAUUUGUUAGAGUUAAUAUUCCACAUGAUUUAUGGUUGUAAAAGUAGAGCUGAUUGGUUUUGUUGCAUUCUACUUCACUAUUGGUCCAAUUUUCUAUGUUUAAAGUUAAGGAUUAGGAGAUA